AUGGUGCUGCUCUUCAAGGAUUUUGUGCCACGGCGGCAACACACAAGCCAGAGGGUGACGGAUGCUCGUGGUGUUUACCAGCACGCUUACAUGACCGAGAGUUGGGCCUCGGUCAUGGCGCGUGUCAACGAAUUUAUGCGCCGGCACGCGCUAGAGGUCGUCAACGUCGAAACACUUCUCCUCACCAACCCCGAGCAAGCGCAUCUUACAGAAUUCCCUACGGGCUCCAAGCACACAACGGUGCAAGCUGUUCGCGUGUGGUACAACGCCACAGCCGAAGAGCUACUGAGUGAGCGCUAUACGCAUCAGUUUGACUCGGAGAGUCAAAAGGGAGUGCCUCUUACUGCAGAGCUGUAG